UAGUGAAUGAUGAGAAGCGAUUGAAGAAACUGAUUGCUCGACCAGUGUACAAGGAUCGUAUCAUAUUUGGAGAGAAUAUUUGUGCUGUUACGAUGCAUAAAGAGAAAGUGGAGCUCAACAAGCCAAUCUAUAUAGGGUUAUCAGUGCUUGACAUCAGCAAAACCCUCAUGUACGAAUUCCAUUAUAACAUCAUGAAGCCCAUCUACAAGGACCGUCUUCAACUCCUAUAUCAAGAUACUGAUAGCUUGUUCUACCUUGUCAAGACAGAGGACAUGUACAAUGACAUCAUCAACAACCAACAACUGAAAGAUACCUUUGACACCUCAGAGUACCCUCCAGACCACCCAUGCUAUUCAGAUGCAAACAAAAUGGUGCUUGGUAAGUUUAAAGAUGAAUAUGCUGGCCGAGCGCCACUUGAGUAUGUAGGCUUACGAUCGAAGCUAUAUGCCUGUAGGUGUUACAAUAGUGAUCCAAAUCAGCUGACAAGUGGAUUGAUAAAGAAAGCUAAAGGAGUGAGGAGACCAAUACUUGGGCGAGAACUCUCAAAAUCACACCCAGAUGCUGAACGAUACAUAGGCUUCCAAGACUAUCUAGAUUGUCUAUAUGGUGAUGAGGAUAUCUAUAGAGAACAAGUGAUGUUUGGCACUAGGAAACAUCGGAUUAUGACUCAAGUCAUGAGAAAGAAGGCACUGAGCAAAGCUGAUGAGAAGAGGUAUAUUCUAGAUGAUGGAAUUACAACUCUUGCACAUGGACAUUACAAGAUCCCCACUCUAGCACACAUUGAUGAGGAGGAUGAGGAG